AUGCCCAGCAUUCCCGUUGCAGAUGAAGUGGCCUUUUGUGCUUCGAUGCAAAGAAGGUUGUCACAGAAGAUUCAAGCAACACAGUACGCCGUCCUGGACGACUCCCAGAUGCAGGCUCCUCUGGAAGGUCGGAGGGAGGCACAGCAUCCUGCAUUCAUCUGGCCGAAGAGAGCACCGCCACUGUUGAGCAAUGUUUCUGGUCGAUUCGACGACGGUCAAACCGCAUACGCAAGCUGGAUUGAGAAUGUUGUGCAAUUUGCGAUAGGCAAACUCCUUUGGUGGUAUUCGGGGCCGGAGGAGGACAGUGAGGAGAAGAAGAAGGACGAGACAGUGGACGAACAUGUGAAGGAGAAUGGUGAGAACGAAGAAGACGAAUUGGAGGUGUUUUGUUAG